GCAGUUGGUAGGCGCAUGCGCAGCCGCAACCUGCGCUGAGCGCUGACAGCAGGCUGACCGGGAGACCGUUUGCUGCCGCCGUUGUUGUUGCCGCUUCCACUCCACGUUGUGAGUCUCGGAUACGCUGACACCAGAACUGGACUUAAUUUCUGUUACAGGAAACUCAAACAACAGCAACAAAGUGUUUUGUUUUAGGCUUUUUUUUGGACACGCUGACCUCCGAGCUUCCUCUUCCUCCCGGUGGUAAACGGACUCUCGGUGAAGUGAGACUCUGAACGAGGCCGAGAGACGUUUGACUGCAUGAAGAGGCCGAGUGACGGGACCCUGGUCCUCACCUAGACCCCUCCCACGACCCCACCCCCACCCCCACUGCCUGGACAUGAGGUCGUUCCGAUCGUUUGCAAACGACGACCGCCAUGUCAUGGCCAAGCACGCCAGCAUCUAUCCUGCGCCGGAGGAGCUGGAGGCGGUCCAGAUGCUGGUGUCCACCGUGGAGGGAGCCCUCAAGAAAGUCUCUGAUUGGAUGGAUGGCCUCAACACAUCCUCAGGGAAGACCUCCACUGAUACCGGGGCUGGGGACAUUAAGGCGGAGGAAGACGCUGCUGAGACGAAGCCGGAUGGCACGCCGGCGCUGUGCGGGGUGACACGUGUCGGCCUGGUGGCCAAAGGCCUGCUGAUCAAAGGGGACAUGGACCUGGAGCUGGUGCUGAUGUGCAGGGAGAAGCCCACCAAACUGCUGCUGUACACCAUCAGCGCCAACCUCCCCCUGCAGAUCCAGACGAUGACUGAGGACAAAUACGAGGUGCAGUCGUGCGCGCCCGACGCAGCCAUCCGGGUCUGCAGCACCAAAGACCCCCGACUCACGCUGAAGAUCACCCUCUCCUCCUUAACCAUGAGGGAGGAACACGGCACCACAGACGAAGACGAGGGCCAUCAGGACGACAACAAGGAGAGGCAGGAGGACGAGGAGAAGGAGGAGGAGGAUGUCCUGGACAGGCAGAAGUGCCAGGCUGCGCUGGCGUCGCUCCGACACGCCAAAUGGUUCCAGGCUCGAGUCACAGAUCUCAAGUCUUGCGUCAUCGUUUUGAGGAUUUUCAGAGACAUGUGCAACAGACUGUCUGGGUGGCAGCCUCUCCAAGGAUGGCCUCUGGAGCUGAUCUGUGAAAAGGCCAUAGCAACCUGUAACCGGCCGCUAGGUCCAGGCGAGGCCCUGCGUCGCGUCAUGGAGUGCAUCGCCUCAGGGAUCCUCCUGCCAGGAGGCCCAGGAGUUCACGACCCCUGUGAGAGAGAACCCACAGACGUCCUGUCUGACCUCAGCGCCCAGCAGGCGGACGCCAUUACACACAGCGCACAGCAUGCGUUACGCCUCCUAGCCUAUGGACAGCUUUACAAGGUCUUGAAUAUGGAUCCUCUCCCCACCAGCAGGCCCUCACCAAGGCUGUUAGAAGGCGGCUGUCAAAAGAGGCUUCGGGAGGACGUUGGGUCAGAUGACAGAGAUUUCAUCAAACGGAUGAAAGUCCUGGACUGGAGGAUGACGGAUCCCAACCACCCCAUGAACGCUCUGAUGCGUCUGAACCAGAUCCACCCGGGCCUCCAGUACCGCCUGCUGUCUCAGUCUGGCCCGGUGCAUGCUCCAGUCUUCACCAUGUCUGUGGAGAUCCAGGGAACCACCUACCAGGCCACCGGGAACUCUAAAAGAACCGCCAAGCUCCAAGUGGCCCUCAAGGCGCUGCAGGCUCUGGGAUUCGUGCUCGGCGGCGACGGAGACGUUGACUCACUCAGCGCCGAUGAGAAGUCAGAUGGUGAAGGCAAGAACGACAGGAUGUCCACCAGCUCCAGCUCCACCUCCAUCACCUCCUCCACAGACACACAGGAGUCCAGAGCUCCAGGUCCGAUCCUGACAGCGGGAGGUAAAAACCCAGUGAUGGAGCUGAAUGAGAAACGCCGCGGCCUCAAAUAUGAGCUGAUAUCGGAGAGCGGCAGCAGCUACGACAAGCGCUUCAUCAUAGAGGUGGAGGUGGACAAGCAGGUUUUUCGGGGGACGGGUCCCAAUAAGAAAGUAGCCAAAGCCAGCGCAGCACUCGCGGCCCUGAACAGCCUGUUCUCUGGCUCCAAAUCUACGAGCAACAAGAAGAAAAGACCCAACCCUCCUCCAAAGCGGCCCGUGGCAUCGGUGCUGACUCUCCCGGCCCUCGCUGCCAGACCUCCACGUGUCCCAGUCAUCCCCAGAGCUCCCUACAUCAGCACCCCACCCACACACGGAUACAUCCCCCCAGGUUUUGGUGCUCCUUAUGGUUACAGCCCUGCAGGCGCCCUCCAUCCCUACGGUUUUCCCUCCAGAAUGCCCUCAGUAGUUUUCCCAGUCAUCAGAGUCCCCACAGCAUACCCCAUCACCCACCUCUACCCCUAUUAGGACCCUCCCUCAACCCACUUCACAGCAAGCCACUUGUUAAAGUUAUAUCCUGACUGUUACUGCAUGUUCACGAAACAAGCUUCAAACACCAAAAAUAAAACCAACACUGGAAUCCACAAACGAUUGACCAGAAUACCCAAUCAGUACCAAUGUUGUACAGCAUGUCCCCUCAUUAGCUUGAUUUAAUUGGCCAUUAGAAAGUGGUGUGGCAGAACAGAGUUUGACCAAAAAAAGCUCUUUGAUCAUCAAACCAUUAUGCAACAAAAAAACGGAGUUCACCGUUUAGUGAGCUGCAGUGUGUCAAAGACUUUUACACUGUAGGGAGCUUAAUAAACAUUGACUAUAAGGAACUAAAUGGAAAUCUAAUAUAGGGAACAAAAUAACCACUCACCAUAGGAAACAACCACCAUACACAGAAGGAAACAAACUAAACAAACAUUUUAUGGACCUAAAAGAAAAUCCAAACACAAGACUACUAAAUAUCUCCUGUAAGGAAAAAAAAACAUUGUCUAUAGGGGAAAUAACUUAACAUUCACCAUAGUGUAGUAAGCAAACUAAAUAAAAAUAAAGCUUCUUAAGCACACCAGAUACUAAUAAUCCAAUGUAGGAAACAAAAAAAAGGAACCAUAGAAAGGAGCCGAACAUCCUCUGUUAGGAAUCAACGAAACAGUUUCCCUACUGUGUCUCUAUUUUUCAAUACAAUGUUAAGUUCCCUAAACAAUGAUGAACGAACUAAAUAUUCACAGAGGGGGGAAAACCCUGUUCACCAACUACUAGAUAUUCAAUGUCAGAAACUAAACAUCCACUGUAAAUAACCAAACAUCCUCUGUUGGAAUUAAAGAAACCGUCCCUCACAAUGGAUAUUUAUUUAACUUAUAUUUAUUGAUUUGAUCUAAAUUAACAGUCAUUUUAGGGAACUAAAAGAACACCAACUGUAGUAGCCAACAUAAGGAACUAAAAUAUCCAUUGCAAGGGACUAAAAUAUUUAGUUGGCAACUAAAGUAACCCCUACCAUACACAGACUGGUGUGUGUGUGUGUGUGUGUGUGUGUGUGUGUGUGUGUGUGUAUGUAUAUAUAUAUAUAUAUAUAUAUAUAUAUAUAUAUAUAUAUAUAUAUAUAUAUAGCUAGCACCAACUACUAAAUAUCUACAGUAGGGAACAAAAACAAACACAAUACAUUAAAGACUACAUUUAAUAUACAAUUUAGGGACCUAAACAUCCUCUGUAUGGGAACUAACUCAACAACCACAAUAGCAAAUUUAAGUUAGCCAAUAUAGGGAACUAAAAAACACAAAUGUAAUGAGCUUAAUAAAUAUGAAACUAAAGAAACAGCCACUGUAGGAAACUAAGUAACACUGAAUACACCGAUAGAAACCUUUAUAAGAUGUAGACUACAACAUGUAAUGAUCAAAGAGCUUCUUUGUCAAAAAGGUAAAUUAUUCCUUUAACUACCACUCAUGGAUGUGACUGUUGUUUUAAUGUAUCUGUUUUCUAAUGUUUUAAGUUUCUGUGGAUAUAAAAGAAAAACAGGUUUACAAUAAUCAGUUGCACUGAGGAACCUUUUCCUUUUGUUUGGAUGUUUACAGUUACUGUUAAAUAUUUGAGCUAAUUCCUUUUUUGUGUUGAGUGGAAAAUACUUUCUUUUCAGAGAGAGAUUUUAUUUUGACCUGUUUGUAGGUUAUAUUCUGUUUAAAUAAAUGAAUAUUUUUUUCAAGUGCUAAGUAA